AUGUGUGUAUGCGCCAUAAGUGUAGCGCCUUUACGGUGUGUCAUUCAAAACUGUUGUGCAACACUUGAUAUAGGGUCCGCAGGGUUUGGUAGUCGCCUUUGCUCUCCUUUGCUGCAGACUACAACGAUGAAUUUGUUACUCUUUGGUGCGCCGGGUUGCGGAAAGGGGUCAAUGAGCGGGGCUCUCGAGCGGGAUUUUGGUCUGCUCCAUAUUAGUGCUGGAGAUCUGAUGCGGGAGGAGGUGGAGAAGGAGACUCCUGUUGGGCGGCAGGUUGCGGUCCUCAUGAACGAGGGGCACCUUAUCCCAGAUGAAUUGAUUGUAAGUAUCGUGAUAAACCGAGUUCAGCAGCCGAAUGUGAAGGGGAGGGGUAUCCUACUCGAUGGUUUUCCGCGUACGUUGCGCCAGGCGCAAGCCCUCGCAAAGAGUGGGUUUCGCAUUGAUGCGGUAAUAUUCAUUAACGUGGACCCAAAGGUGCUAGAGGAACGUUGUCUGCAGCGUCGUCUGGAUCCCGUUACAGGACGCAUCUACAACUUAAAGAGCGAUCCGCCGCCAGAAUCCAUCAUGGGUCGUCUGCUCAUCCGCUCCGACGACACUCGUGAGAAACACCAGCGAAGGAUGAGAAUUUACCGAAAACAGAAGAAAGCUAUCAUGAAGCACUAUGAAGCAGUGAUAAUAGAGGUGGAUGGGAAUCCCCCUCUGCCAGAAGUGUACGCAAUGGUGCGGGCGAAGCUCGCUUCAUUCUUGAAUGCAAAGACCGAGAGCAAACUCUAA